ACGGGGGUGAAUAACAGAACUGCCAAAAAUCAAUUAAGCUCUCAGUCACGUGAACGGUGUAUUGGCUGAUCAAUACAAGAUUCAGCGGUGUGAUUUGUGAUUGUAUUUUGUCAUCAAAGAAUAGACAUGAGCACAGUAGUUGAUUUUAUCCCAGGUGUUCCAGAUUACAGCACAGUCCAUAAACCUGUUGGGUCUUUGUUUGAUGUUGACCAGUGUGAAUGGAAUAAAUUCAAAUUAAGUCAAGAUCAGAUUGACACAUUUUGGAAAGAUGGAUUUCUUCUAAAUGUGCCCGUGUUGACACCACAGCAAUGUGAUAUGAUACUAGAAGAUUAUAGGUAUUUCCUGGGAGGAGAGAAGCACCCAGGAAUGGACAUGUUGUAUGAAUACCAUAGUAACCAAAGUGGUGACCCUGACAAUGUUUUAAUGCAUGCUCUAGGUCACUGGAGGCUUACCAAACACUUCCAUGACCUGGCUUUUCUUCCUAAAGUUGUGGUUGGUGUGUCCCAGCUAUUGGAACCAAGUGGCAACAUGACACCAGUUAGAUUCUGGCAUGAUCAGCUGUUUGCUAAACCACCAAAACAUGGGGGGAAUGUUGCUUGGCAUCAGGACUACUCUUACUGGACAAGAACUUCACCAAUGUGUCAUUUAACAGUACAUAUUGCUCUAGAUGAUCAGACAGAGGAGAAUGGUGCAUUGAAAUAUAUUCCAGGCUCUCACAGAUGGACACGUGAUGGAGGGAAGCCUUUACCAGUGACUGAUUUUAAUUUCAAGGACAUGGAAUCUAUCAAGACAAUAUUAACUGAAGAAGAAAAAGCCAACUUUAAACCAGUGUGUGGAAAUUUGAAGAAAGGGGAGGCAAGUUUUCAUCAUGCUCUUGCAGUGCAUGGUUCCUAUGGUAACAGAUCAGAUAGUCCUCGUAGGGCUGCUGUACUAAACUACUUCAAAGAUGGUGUGUGCUCCAAUACAGAUGAAGACCUACUGAAUGGAAUUAAAAUUCCAAAGGGACAGAAGAUGGAAGGACAGUUCUUCCCUUUAGUGUUUGAUCCAAAGUGGGCAGAUGCAAGAAAUUAAAGAACACAUAGAUGACAGUUAAAUUGAAAGAGCAUGGAAUAGAAACAUUCUUGUGAAUAUCAUUAUAACUGUUAGUGGAAAAGAUGAAAGCUUAAUGCUUGAUUUCACUUGUUGAACUGAAUAUAACAGUCUAUCAUAUAAUGCAUUGUUAUUGUAAAUAGGUGUACUUGUUUAUAUUGUAUUUUCCAUGACUAACCCUUAACCUGCUGGUACUGGAAGUUAGACUUUUACUACCAGUAUAAAUCCAGGUAAAAGGUCAACCUGCCCAUCUGGUCUGAAUGAUCAGGCUGUAUAUAUAUAUGAGCCGCGUCAUGAUAAAACCAACAUAAUGGGUUUGCGACCAGCAUGGAUCCAGACCAGCCUGGGCAUCCGUGCAGUCUGAUCAGGAUCCAUGCUGUUCGCUUACAAACCCUAUAACAAGUAGAGAAACUGAUAGCGAACAGCAUGGAUCCUGAUCAGACUUCGCGGAUGUGCAGGCUGGUCUGGAUCCAUGCUGGUCGCAAACCCAUUAUGUUGGUUUUGUCGUGAUGCGGCUCAUAUAUACUGUUCUGUGUGGUAGUGGUGUUGAUAUCUUGAUACUGAAAUCCUUUUAAUUUUGAAAUUAAAAUGAACUGUUCCAAAUGCAAAGCAGGACAAAUCCAUUUUACACAAUCAGUAGGUUAGGGGCUAAAAUUAUUUUUGUUAUUUCGGGGAAUACGUAAACAUGUACAAAUAUUACUACAACCAAAUAUUAUAAAUGGCUUCUUUACAUUGAAUAUAUUUAAUAACAUAUAUAUGUAUGAUGAAAGUGAA